UCCUGACUCCGCUCCGUAGGCCGGCCUCCUGUGUCCGGGCUUUGUCUCCGCCCGUGUAGUAGCUCUCAGCUCUGAGUCCCUUUUUUUCUUGUUGUGUUUCUGUUACUCAUCGCCAUCUUGUUGCAGCCCUUUUCUUGUCUGGAAGAUCCGUGGGGGGGAUCGGGGGUGACAGCCUUGGUUUUUUUUCCUUCUCGGUCGCCCUGUAUGUCUGAUUUGGGAUCUGCUCGCCCAGUGGAGGAGGGUGAAGAGCUCGGCAGACCCCCCCGGUGUGUGUGUGACUGAUCUGUGCAUUGCAGGAGACAUGAGCCUGGAGACACUGUUACAAGCAGCCCUCUUCCUGGAAUGGCAAGCCCAGCAGCAGCAACAGAGGACGCCCGAGGAAAAUGAUAAGCUUUUGGUGAAACAGGAGGAAGAGGAAGAAGAGGAGGAGGAAGAAGAAGAAGACAAGAAAAGCACCGUUCAAACAGAAGAGCUGACAAACCAGGCCCCACCAGAUCCUGCUUCUCCACCAGCACCUGCACCACCUCCUCCUCCACCUCCUCCCUUACCAACUCCAGUAGCUGUCAUUCCUCUCCCUGUAGUAACCAGCGCCCCCCAACCAGUAGUUCCAACAUCUUUGUCACCGCCUGUUGUGCAGUGUCAACCACCUGUUGUUACCCCCCCAUCUGUUAUUAGCAAAGAUGUUUCCCUGGCUCCUGUCAUACAGCGACCAGUGGGCCCUGGACUUCAAGAAAUUAAAACUGCACCUUUGAGUGUUGGAAGUCCCAACCAGCUGCACCAUUACUCAACCCCUGUUCUGACAAUAGCACACCACCACCUCAUGCAACAGCAGCAACUUCUACCGCACCAACAACAGCCGCCGCAACAGCCUAUACAGCCCCAGCCUACAGCCCUAACACACUCGCAGCAGCCUCCACCACAGCCAAUUGGUGCCCUGAGGCUGUCGACUCCAGACGAUGGAAGGUCUAAUGAGCAGAGGAGGAGGCCUGGAGGGGCUGGUACCAGAGAAGUCCAUAAUAAGCUGGAGAAGAACAGACGGGCACACCUGAAGGAAUGCUUUGAAACCUUAAAGAGGAACAUCCCAAAUGUGGAUGACAAGAAGACAUCAAACCUCAGCGUGUUGCGGAGUGCUCUGAGAUACAUCCAGAGUCUGAAAAGGAAAGAAAAGGAAUAUGAGCACGAAAUGGAGCGUUUGGCAAGAGAGAAAAUUGCCACACAGCAGCGAUUAGCCGACUUGAAGAAUGAACUCAGCCAGUGGAUGGAUGUUAUGGAGAUUGACCGAAUUGUGCGUCAAACUGUUCAGCCAGAGGACGACCAGGCCUCAACCUCCACAGCCUCAGAGGGGGAAGAUAACAUGGAUGAAGACAUGGAUGAUGACAGACCUCUAAAUUCAUUACCAAAAUGUCAGAAUCCUGAACUUCUGAAGAUGGUACCGUCCAACACAGCUUCCCACAAUCACCAUUCCACUGUACUGCCUCAACAUGUCUCCAUUCAGCAGAAACAAGCUCCCUCUCCCCACGUACAGACCCUCUCCAACCAAGCACUGGUCCCGCCUCAGGCCAUAGUGCCAGCACAGACUCAUAUUGUGACUGCUUCCACAGUGCAGUCAACUGUGAUAGCCCACACAGCCACCACUCAUGCGUCCGUUAUUCAGACUUUAAACCAUGUCAUCCCAGGGCCUCAGACCAAGCACAUUGCCCAUAUUGCACCUUCCACGUCAAGCCCUGUACAGCUAACCACUGCUGCUCAGCCAAUUGGCCACAUCACUGUGCACCCAGCCACCAUUAAUCACAUGACCCAUCUUGGGCAGCAGCUACCCAUUUACCCACAGUCGGUUGCAGUCAGUCAGCCCAUGAUGAGCCACAUUGCUCACACCAUCUCUCACCCACAAGUCAAUGGAACCACAAACCUUGGCCAGCCUGCUGUUAUGGCAAAGCCAACCGUAGGAACCCAGGUGGUCCACCAUCCCCAGUUAGUUGGUCAGACAGUCCUGAAUCCGGUGACCAUGGUAACAAUGCCAUCGUUUCCUGUCAGCACUUUAAAGCUAGCUUAAUGCUCAACUGAAAAAAAAAUGAUUAAAGGAAACCGUCUUGUUUUCUGUCACAGCCACAACUUCCAUCCAUUGAUGGGGCAGCCAUUGUCUGACUUCUAGAAGCAUUCCUUCUUCUGGGACAUAGGAUCCAUCUGCAGUAUCACACCAGGCAGUGGCAGCUUUCAGUAAUGGAAGGAAGCUUUCGCUGUGCUAGGUAACAUCCACCCUGAAAGGUUCCCUUUAGUUACAUAAAUUCAUGUAUCCAUUGGACAGCGGAAACUCCAUACAUUCCUACCAAGUCAUGUUCCAAGGAAGAGCUGCGUAGUCACAAGGUGGUAUUCUUCAUUGGUUUUGGAAAAGGUGUCAGGCUUCAUUGUAUAGGCCUCUAUCUUACCACAAAGGGCCCAGUGCCCUGGAUUUCAACCAUGCUCAUUGUCUCCGUGGCCGCUGCUCAUAAUGACUUUUUCAUUUUGUCCUUUUUACCAGUAAUUGGUGAAUAUUAAAUGAGACUUUUAAUUUCUAUCCGCUACUUCACUUACAUUUUUUUUAAUUUUAAUUUUUUUACUCAAUUUUGAUUGUGUCGUCGUCGUCUUUUUGUGUAUCUUUGUAACAUACAAAUCGAUGACCUCUUUCUAAUAUAAGAAAUGAAAUGGUUUUAAAGUAAGCAUAAUGUCGGUCUAUACCUUCACUGAGGUGAUAGCUGCAGGAAGUAUACACUAAUUAAAGGAAA